AUUUUAUAUAAUAAAUUUAAUCCUGUGUGUUAAUGUUUUUGAGAAAGCACUAUGAUUAUGAUUUGAGUGUGUUGUAAUAUUUGUAUUUUUCUCAUUUAAAUAAUUUAAUAAAUUAUUUAUUAAUAAUAACAACAACAGUAUGUCUUAAUUGGGAUAGAUAUAAUGGCUGGUAAACAAAUGCUUUCUACUGUUGAUCAAAGUGAAGGGUCUGAAAACUUAAACAAAGAUUUAGAAGAUUAUGAAAUCCAACAAGUUUUAAAAAAUGGUACGGAUCUCAGAGAAUAUGCGCUGCAAAUUGAUAAAAACAUCAAAGAAGCUGAAAAGGCUUCAGUGGCAGAUUACUUGAAAGAAAGUUCUAACAUUGGUUCGUUACACAAUCAAAUUGAAGAAUGUGAUGGAAUACUUGAGAGAAUGGAGAAUAUGCUCUUAACAUUUCAGAAUGAUUUGGGGAGCAUAAGUAAUGAAAUAAUAAGCUUACAGAAGAGGUCGGUGAACAUGUCGGUACAGUUAUCUAAUAGACAGAGUUUGAAGGGACCUUUAUCUUCCUUUAUUGAAGAUAUAGCAGUGUCUGAGACACUUAUAUUGGGCAUAAACAACAUUCCUGUUACAGACAAAGAAUUUAUGACUCAGCUUGCUAUACUAAAUCAAAAACUAACUUUUGUCAAAGAACAAGAGUUCAAAGAGACUAAAGCUUGUCAUGAUGUUAAGGAUGUUUUAGAAAAGCUAAAAAUAAAGGCCAUUUCAAAAAUUAGAACAUAUAUUCUAGAACAGAUAUACAAAUUUCGCAAACCGAUGGCUAAUUAUCAAAUACCCCAGAAUGCAAUGCUGAAGUAUAAAUUCUUCUUUGAAUUUGUUCUAGCGAAUGAGAGAAAUGUCGCACAAGAAGUGUGCAAUGAAUACAUAGAUACACUCAGUAAGGUUUAUUAUUCAUACUUUAAAUCUUACGCCUCCCGUUUAGAUAAAUUGAAAUAUGAAGAAGUACCCACAAAAGAUGAUCUAAUGGGAAUAGAAGAUGGCUCGAGAGGUGGAUUCUUUCAAAAAUCUAAUUUGAAGAACAAAAGUACUAUAUUCACGAUUGGUAACCGAGGGGAUGUUUUAGCUCAACAAUUAGAAGCCCCAAUAAUUGUGCCGCAUGCUCAGCAAAAGACCAAAUAUUCAUAUGAAGCACUGUUCAGAAGUCUACAGUAUGCACUUGUUGACAACAGUUGUCGGGAGUACCUGUUUACAACUGAAUUUUUCCAUGUUAAGGGCAGUCAUGCUCAAGAACUUUUCGACAGGAUCCUUGGCAAAACACUAUCAUUAUUAGUGAAAAAUAUUGAAAAUUACGUUCUUGAGUGCUACGACUGCUUGGCUUUGUUCCUGUGUAUACAACUGAUAAAUAGAUAUAGAUGGAUGUGUCAUAAAAGAGCAGUUGCUGCCCUGGAUAGCUACUGGGAUUCCCUGCUUGCCUCGUUGUGGCCCAGACUAGAGUAUGUUUUAAAACUGAACAUUCAAAGCGUCCGUGAUUGUGAUCCAGCAAAGUUAGCAAAUAAAGAACUCGGUCCACACUAUAUUACGAGGCGGUAUGCGGAGUUCUCCGCUGCUAUGUUAAGCCUUAGUGAACAGUUUCCCUCUCAGGAGCUGAGCAAUCUACUUCUAGUGUUGCAAGAUGAGGUUCAUUGUUUCCUUUUAAAAAUGGCCGCCGAGUUCCCACAGAGGAUUCAACAGCUUAUAUUCUUAAUCAAUAAUUACGAUAUGGUGUUGAGUAUACUCAUGGAGAGAACAAGAGAUAAUACGAAAGAGGCGGAAAGUUUUAGGGAGCAGUUACAGGCUAGGAGUGCGGAAUAUGUUGAAGAAAUAUUGAGUCCCCAUUUUGGAGCUCUGAUGCAGUUCGUCAAAGAGGGGGCGCAGUUGUUGGAGAGCGAAAAUAAGUCUGAGCUGGCGAAUUUGGAAAAGAAAUCACUGCCAAUAGUAGCGUCGUUCUCGAAUAGCUGGAAGCAAAGUCUGGAAGAAAUACACAGGGAGGUGCUCGUGUCGUUCCCGAAUCUGGUGACGGGAUCGGGUUUGCUGCAAAUGGCUCUUACCAACUUCGUGCAAUACUAUCACAGAUUCAACAAGUUACUCACGCCAAAUGCACGGACGCAGCUGGUGAAUAUUCACGUCAUUAUGGUGGAGAUAAAAAAAUAUAAAACUAACUAUUAAUAUAUCAUGUCUAAAUUG